UGAGAAUAUUCGCGUGUUGCAAACAGUGAUAAACAUAUCGGUGAAGAAUUCUUAAUUGAAAAUCGAAGAAAGUAUCUGAACUCGAACAGACCGUGCACAUAAAGAAAUGUUUUCAAGUAGUCAGCGCUACGAAGAACUUCCUACCAUUUAUAAUCAAUACUCAGUUGGUAUACCAAUAGUCAAUUAUAAUAACUGCUCAUCCAUGUCCUGCCGAGCGCCGUAACAUGUGUUACAAGAACUUCGAAAAGCCAUCAUUUUCGUAUCAAAGACGAUGUCACAACGUUAAAAGUGAUACCGUAGUAGAUUACCUGGCAACCAAUCGAUAAGCUAUAAUAUGUAAUGACAAAAUUGACGCAUUUCCAGCAACAUUGAAUAUACAUCAUAACUACAUAUGAGCAUAUUGAUUUUUGCGACUUCAGAAUGAGACCUCAUACUCCACACGACACUUCUUAAACGCGCGAUUCCUCCAAAAGCGCUUGUACAAGAUAAAGAAGCCAACGUUUGAAACCUGAGGCUACACAACCAGUAAGGGAAAGAGAUUUACACCACAUCAAAAUAAGUGGUUCUUUUUAAACUAAUAAUAAACCUGUGGAUAUUUAUGCAAACCUAUAUUUGUAGGAAUAUGAUUUAAAAAAUCGUACUCACACAGAACAUGGUUUUAUCUAUUACACUCUAUAAAAAAUAUUAUACUUUGAACAUUUUAUAUAUUUUUGUAUAUCAUGUGCAUUCUUUGCGUUUCUUUACUGAAAUAUCCUAUAAGCGCAUAAAAAUCCGCAGCGUCUAGUGAUAUUGAUGUUAUGUUGAUUUUAUGAUUUCUACGGUACCUAAUAUAACCUCGUGGGAUAAUUAAUCUGAGUUUGGAGUAUUUAGUGCGUCAGAAAACUGGGAGUCCCGAAAUACUUCAUGUGGCAUACUACAAUAAACUCGAACGAUACAUCCAACUUUUGGGGCAAGAUCCGCGUCAUAAAAGUAGCACUAGAAACAUGAUUGUAAUAAUAGUGGUAACUAGUAUCGCAUGCAUCACAAUCCCAACGGUAAGAAAAACACGUCAAUCGUUAUAUAGAAAAGUAGAAAGGAUAAAAUGAGGAAACUAGAUUGAAUGAAUGCUACGUAAUAAAGCUAAUAAUCAGGUAAUGUGAUUAAACAAUUGGAACCUGCAACCGAUAGACAAUAGAGUUAUUUGCGUCCUUGCAUAGAAAAGAUAUGGAUGGAGUCAUCGAGUGUCUGUCAUAUUUUGUCACAUCUUCCACCAGUGCUGUUAAAGUAUUAAAUAUGCAUUUCAACAAACGAAAUUUUAGCAAAAUGUACCAACUUGUGGCAAAACAAUGGGAGCAUCUGAAAUUAAACAACGAAUUGCACGUUCUAGAGAAAGUCGUCAUGCAAGGCAACAGGAUGGCGCACUUUUAUCGUAACACUUUAGUAUCUUUUAUGGUAUUAUUCUUACUGGUGCCACUAACUUCUCCAAUUCUUGAUAUUGUCCAUCCAAUAAACGGAACUCGAAAACGCCAACAACUACUAAGAGUUAAUUACAUAUUUUUCAACAGUGACGACUAUUUCUUUUACAUUUAUUUACAAUUAUUUUGGAGCACUGUCGUUGUGGUGCUCACCAUAGUAGGUGCAGAUUGGUUAUACAUGCUAAUAAUUCAUCACAGUAGUGGAUUAUUUGCAGUUUGUGGAUAUCAAAUUCAAAAAGCAACUGCGAAUCUAAAUUACUUUUCUGGUCAAAAAGAUUCUGAUAAUUCUACGUAUGAAAAAUUCCGAAAUUGCGUGAUGAUGCAUAAGGAAGCUAUACAGUUUUACAAUAUAUUGGACGAAAGCAGCCAAAGUAGUUAUUUAAUCCAGGUUGGAUUAAAUAUAUUGAGUAUAAGCACAGCAGCAGUUCAAACCGUGGUAAACUUGGACAGACCAGAAGAAGCAAUACGAAGUGCUGUAUUUUGUGGGGCUUGUCAAUUUCAUUUGUUUCUACUUAGUUUACCUGGCCAAGUGCUUCUGGAUCAUUCUUCUGAUUUAGCAGAUAAUAUUUACAGCUCCAAAUGGUACAAGGCACCCGUGCAAAUUCAAAAAGUACUAUACGUGAUGCAAAUAAGAUGCAGAAAGUUUUGUUCAUUGACGGCAGGUGGAUUGUAUGAAAUGAAUAUAGAAAAUUUCGGAAUAGUAUGUAUAAAUUUAACAAUAUUAUAUGUAUAUAGAUACAGUAGUACAAUAGAGUUAUUUGCGUCGUUGCAUAAAAAGGAUAUGGAUGGAGUCAUCGAGUGUUUGCCACAUUUUGUUGCAUCUUCCAUCAGCGCUGUUAAAGUAUUAAAUAUACAUUUCAACAAACGAAAUUUCAGCAAACUGUUCCAACUUGUGGCAAGACAAUGGCAGCAGCUGAAAUUCAACGACGAACUGCACGUUCUAGAGGAAGUCGUCAUGCAAGGCAACAGAAUGGCGCACUUUUAUCGUAUGUUCACCAUAAUAGGUGCUGAUUGGUUAUACAUGCUAAUAAUUCAUCACAGUAGUGGAUUAUUUGCGGUUUGUGGACAUCGAGUCCAAAAAGCAACUGUGAAUCCAAACAACUCUACUGGCACAGCUAUUUCUGAGAAUUACACGUAUGAAAGAAUCCGGAAUUGCACGAUAAUGCACAAUGAAGCCAUACGAUUUUCAAAUAUAUUGAAAGAAAGCAGUCAAGCAAGUUACUUAAUUCAGGUUGGAUUGAAUAUGUUGAGCAUAAGCGCGACAGCUGUUCAAACAGUGAUAAACUUAGACAGACCGGAAGAAGCAAUACGAAGUGCGGUAUUUUGUGGGGCUUGUCUAUUUCAUUUGCUUUUACUUAGUUUACCUGGCCAGGUGCUAUUGGAUCAUUGUUCUGAUUUAGCAGAUAAUAUUUACAGCUCCAAAUGGUACAAGGUACCCGUACAGAUUCAAAAAGUACUAUACGUGAUGCAAAUAAGAUGCAAAAGAUUUUGUUCAUUGACGGCAGGUGGAUUGUACGAAAUGAAUAUAGAAAACUUCGGAAUAACUUUCAAAACUUGCAUGUCCUACAUUACAAUGUUGAUGUCUCUGAAGGACUGAACCUGCAUUACUAGUCAAAUGUAAUAUCAUC